AUGUGUUACACAGCCUCAAAGGAUCUUCAAGACUUUACAUUUAUUGUUGUAUCGUUAUCACAACAAAAUGAACAACAAAACAUAAUAUCGAUACCACUAUUAACAGAACUUGAAUACACUUUAAGAUUCACUGAUUGGACUUUAAAAUAUGGAAAAAUAUACAUCGGUCCAGAAUAUAUAAAGAGAUUGCGUAAUUUCAAAUCAACUUUGGAUUUCAUCAUUCAGUCAAACAACAAUCCAAAUUCAACAAUUACUUUGGGAUUGAACGAAUUCUCUGAUUGGUCAGAUGAAGAAAAGAAAUCACUUUUAGGUGCUAUGAUCUCACCCAACAGAACUUCUAUUGGUAUACCUUUCAUUGAUGAUGAGAUUCCAUCACCACCAGUAUCCAAAAGUGGUACCUCGAGAUCAUUACUCUCUACAAAUUAUAUUGAUUGGAGAACUCAUAGUGCAGUAACCAGUGUAAAGAAUCAAGCAUCAUGUGGAUCAUGUUAUGCAUUCUCUGCUAUUGCUGUCAUUGAAAGUGCUCUUUUUAAGAGAGGAACAGGUUCAUUCGACUUUAGUGAACAAGAUGCAAUCGAUUGUACAUAUGGUAGGUAUGGUGGUGGUGGUUUCAACUUUGGAUGUUCAGGUGGUGAUCCAGCAACAACAAUACAACAUAUACUAGUGAAUGGACAAGCAAGUGAAGUCGACUAUCCGUAUACAUCUGGUAACACCAGAAUCCAUGGCCCUUGCAAAAACGUCCAAAGAAAUCGUUUGAAUUUGAAUCUUCUCCGAGUACAACGUGGAAGCGAGGAUACUUUAGCGAAUGCUCUUGCCACUGGACCAAUUGCAGUUACUCUCAAUGCUGAAAACAAUGAGUUUUACAACUAUGCCGGUGGAAUCUAUAACAAUGCAGCCUGUUCAACAUCUAUCAAUCAUGCAGUACUACUUGUUGGUUAUGGUCAAGCCAAUGGUGUUGAAUAUUGGAUCAUCAAGAAUUCAUGGGGAACAAGUUGGGGUGAAAAUGGAUUUAUGCGUAUUGCCAAAGGUUAUAACAGAUGUGGAAUCGUAUCAGCUGAAAUCGAUUGUACAUUUGGAAAGUAUGGUGGUGGUUUCAAUUUUGGAUGUGGAGGUGGUGAUCCAGCAACAACAAUACAACAUAUAUUAGUGAAUGGACAAGCAAGUGAAGUCUACUAUCCGUAUACAUCAGGUACCAGCAGACUCCAUGGUUCAUGUAGAAGCGUCAAAAGAAAUAAUUUGGGAAAUUUGAGGCUUAUCCGAGUACAACGUGGAAGCGAGGAUACUUUAGCGAAUGCAUUUGUAAAUGGACCAAUUGUAGUUACUCUCAACGGUGAAAACCAAGAGUUUUACAACUAUGCCGGUGGAAUUUAUAACAAUGCAGCUAGUUCAACACGUAUCAAUCAUGCAGUACUACUUGUUUAUAUUUCUGUAGCAAUUACCCAAGGAUGA